AUGUCUUACCAGUGCAAGCAACCUUGCCUGCCCCCUCCCACCUGUGUGAAGAGCACCACGGUGUGUGCCGGAUCCAGAGGCCCCACCGUCUGCGUGACUCCCCCUCAAACUGAUCCAUGCGGCUCCUCAUCCACCACUAUCUGUGCCACUCCCAGCGGAGCUGUGUGCGUGACCCCAGGACAGCCCCAGUACGGGGUCGGCCAGUAUGGCUCCACCACCAUGACGCCACACCAAUCCCAGUGUGUCACCGUCUGCCAGGAUAGUUCUGGUUCUGUUUGUGCAACUCCCCUCCAGAACCAAAGCCGAGGUUCCUGCGCUACAGUGUGUGCCACUUCUGGUGGCCCAUGUGCCACCGUCUGCCAGGACCCAUACGGUUCGGUCUGUGUCACCCCACAGCGGCCCCAGUGCACUACGGUUUGCCAGGAUCCUUGCGGUGGUGUCUGUGUGACACCUGUGUCGCACCAAAGCAGUGGCCCCUGCACUACUGUCUGUGCAAAUCCCGGUGGCUCGGUCUGCGUGACACAAGGUCAGGCCCAGUGUGCAACUGUUUGCCAUGAUCGGUAUGGCUCGGUCUGCGUCACUCCGCUCCAGUCUCGAGGCACGACCGUUUGCCGAGAUCCUUGUGGCAACGCCUCUGUCACAUCCAACCAAAGUGGAAGCAUCUGUGCAAACCCUGGAGAUUCUGUUUUUGUGGACCCUAUCCCUGCACCUUCAUGCGCCACUGUGUACUCAGCUCCGGGCAGCUGUACGACCGUCUGCCAGGACGAGUGUGGCUCCCUCAGCUUCACUCAGGGCGCUUGUAAAAGCAUCCGUGGACCCACCGUCUGCACCGAUCCCUGUGGGGCUGUGAAAGCCGUGAAGACCGGGGCCACCAAAUGUGGGACCCCCUGCGUCACA